CCAUUUCAGAUUCAGUGUCUGAUGGGAGUGCGUCGGUUGCGCUUGUGACGAGCUGUCGUCAACAUUCGAAACCAAACAUUGUUUGUUCAUUCUGAUAAAAAUAAUAGCUCGUAGUUACGAUAAAAACGUGUAAUUAUUUUCCAUUGGAAAAUCAUUGUCGGUCACAUAUUGGCGCGCCGUCGACAUCAGACUGCCGCCGCCGUUGUACCGCACUGGUAACGUCGACCACAUACCCGGUAACCAGCAAAGUCAAUGGCGGUCGGAGGAAAACUCAAGAGGAAGAAGACCGUGGCGGGCGUUGUGCGGGAGACGUCCAUGCUGGACCGGGUGCUGACCACCACAGAUCUGACGGCGUUGGGUGUGGGCAGUACCAUUGGAGUAGGCGUAUACGUUCUGCCCGGCGCCCUGUCCAAGUACGUGUCGGGACCUGCCGUGGUCGUGUCCUUCUUCAUCGCGGCAAUCGCCUCCGUGUUUGCCGGAUUGUGUUAUGCAGAACUCAGCAGCAGAGUGCCAAAAGCGGGAUCAGCUUAUUCGUAUGCUUACAUAGCAGUAGGCGAAUUGGCAGCAUUCAUUGUGGGUUGGAACCUUUUACUUGAAUACUCCAUAGGCGGGGCCAGCAUAGCCAGAGGACUAAGCCUGUACGUAGAUGCCCUAUGUAACAAAACGAUGGAAACCGCGUUCAGAAGCAUUUAUGUGUUAGACUUGCCGUACUUGUCCGAAUACUUCGAUUUCUUCGCCAUGUUCAUCGUUAUUGUGUUUUCGGUUGCCCUAGCAUGUGGCCUAAAAGACUCGGUUCGGCUCAACAAUUUUUUUACACUCGUCAACUGUGCAAUUAUGGUCAUGGUCAUUGCCGGCGGUUGCUUUCACAUCGAUUUCAAAAACUGGUCGCUGCCCAAAGCUGAAGUUCCCAAUUGGGCAGGGGAAGGCGGUUUCAUGCCCUACGGCUUGCAAGGUGCGCUACAAGGAGCGGCCACAUGUUUUUACGGUUUUGUCGGCUUCGACUGCAUAGCUACGUCUGGGGAAGAAGUGAAGAAUCCGCAAAAAUCAUUGCCCUUAGCUAUUAUACUGUCGUUGUUCAUUGUGUUUCUUGCUUAUUCUGGAGUUUCCGCGGUGCUCACGCUGAUGAUCCCGUACUAUGCCCAGGACGCAGACAUGCCCAUAAGUUACGCUUUUGACGUGUUUGGCUGGUCAAUGUUUAAUUGGAUUAUCGGAGUUGGAGCGAUUUUUGGAAUGUGUGCUUGUAUGUUCGGAGCUAUGUAUCCGUUGCCGAGAAUAUUGUACGCCAUGUCUAACGACGGGUUGAUAUUCGAAGGUCUGGGCCGAGUUCACCCCAAGUUCAAAACACCGUUUAUCGGCACAAUGUUUGCUGGCACCAUCACAGGUUUUUUUGCAGCGUUAUUAAACUUGAAACAACUGGUGGACAUGAUGACCAUCGGCACGCUACUUGUUUAUGUAAUGGUUGCAGUUUGUGUUCUGUUUACAAGGUACCGUGAAGAGAGCGAUUUGGAUUAUGACAUGUUAGCUGACGAGUACAUCGAAUCCACGACUUUGACUACGCUGAAAAUGAACUAUACUAAAAAACAAGUCUUAAAACAGCUAUUCAAUUAUAACAAAUUUGUCCGGUCGAACAAUCUUACAAGCUAUGUAGCGUCUUUACAAACGACGUGUUUUACUAUUUUGUGUCUACCGUUAAGUUUGUACCUAACUCAUUGGUACGAAUUGGACAGUAUGCAGUGGAAGAUCGCACAACUACUAAUAGUAAUAAUGAUAAUUCAAUUGAUAUCUAUUAGUUUGCAGCCAGCGUCAAAAACACCAGUCACAUUUAAAGUACCAUUUGUUCCAAUUACUCCGGCCUUAAGUAUAUUUAUAAAUAUUUAUUUGAUGUUCUUUUUCGACAUUUACACGUGGGCAAGAUUCAUUAUUUGGAUGAUCAUUGGAUUUGCAAUUUACUUUGGUUACGGCAUCCGACACAGCAAAGAAAACUCUAAUUUAUGUACGCCUAUUGCGUUCUCCGGCCAAACAAAAUUAAACAUUCAUUGACUACAGUUUUGAACUAAAGUGAUAUAAUAGAUAUAUUUAUUUUUGUAAUAAUAGAUUUACACAAUUGUAUUAUAAAUAUUUCAUAUUAUAUUUAUUUUAAGAAAAUUAUAAAUGUACAUUGCUUACCACUAAA